GGACGAAUCGGACUAAGCCAGUCUCUUUUUUCAGACCCCCGCGGGACCUUAGGGAGAGGGAAGAUUCCCCCCUGUUUGCUCAUCUGAACCGCGCACGGGGAUCAGCGUCUCUUCUCUAGCCAGACCCGCUAGAAGGUGCAGAAGAGGGGAGAGACCCGCAAGCUUUUCUUCUCAGCACAAGGACACGUCGCUCUGGUUCAAAAAUUCAUCCGGCCACGGCAGAAUGUUUAAGAAAGUCACCCAAUCCCUCGUAAAUCAAAUAGACCCAAAAGGAGACCUGGUCCCAGUUCAGAGCAUCUUAGACCACGAACAUUUCAGACUCCUCUGCCUUGUGAGAAGAAAAAGAAAAACCAUAUUCUGCCCAUCUCCCCGCUACAAACGGACGUGCUACAGAUUCGACGACGUGCUGCUGCCUAGAGAAGGCGAUAAAAGCACAGAGUUCCUCUUUCUCAACGAAGCUGGUCAAGGUUCAAGUCAGUUUACAGUCAAGAAAAGCUUCAGUGACAAAGUUGAUGGGAGUCUGAGCCUUUGUGUUGACUCUACAAGAGUAAAGGUGCAAGGAGCUUUCUCCUUGUCCAAAGGAUGGUCCAUCAAGCUGGAGAAGAACCACAUCUCGGUCCCGAGACUCGACGCACUGAGAACAGAAAGAAAACUGAAUGUGAAUCACUCCUUCAUUAAACAACUCCAGAAAACUGGCCAGAAUUUAUACAUCGUUCACGAAACACUAGAAAACUCCGAGGAGACCAGCUUCGAGGAGUCCACCAAGGCAGACGGGAGCUUUGCAGCCCAGCUUUACGCCGAGCUUUGUACAAAGGGCACCCGAGAAAGCAAUGAAAGCAUAAUUAUACCCAAGGGCUGCACCCUGGCGUUCAGGGCGAUCCACCUGACCAUUACAGAUGGAUCGUGGGAUCUUGACUAUUUCCCAGGAGAGAGUUCAAAGAAGUUCGUAUCUGACGGUUUCUCACAAGGAACAUUAGGAACGCUGAAGACAGAAGUUGGACAGAAUUUGACAAUUCUCUCGAAGUUGUCUUCUGAUCUGUGUGCCGUAUUUUUAAAAGCCAUCAAAGGUGUGAUGAGAGACAGGAACCUCUUUCACGAGCUGAGCCAGAAAAUGGAAGCAGUUCUUGACGAAACGGAUAGUUGUGAGCUGAAAACAGAAAGCCCGGACCUAAAAGACCUGUUGAGCAGCUUACAGGAUUCAUCAGGACACCUCCUCAAGCUGGCAGGAGCCAUCACCUACACUCUUGACGCCCUGGAUGAGCUAACGGAGAAUCAGCUGCUGCUGUUACUAGAGUCCUUGGAGGAGAAGAUUGUGAGCCAACAGCUUAAGCUGGUGGAGAGCAUCUUGGAAAACGACAUCGAAAGCAGGAAGGGGGGUUUCAGCGUGGAUGCCAGCUUGUUCUCCUUCUCACAAGAGAAGGAUGAAAAAAUAACCAUUGCCCUGGUUGGGAUGAGCGGAGUGAAGCUCCAGAAAGACGGAUCCGCUGUCUGCACGGAAGAAGCCUCCUCAGCCACGGCAGCCCUGUACGUGUCUCUGUACGUCCUCGAUCUUCUGAGUAACUCGGAUUAGGUUACGCAUGUCCUGCCAUGAGGGAUAAAUUUGAAAGUCUCUUCCUGCGAGAUAGUUCCUCUCUCUAAACUUCACCCCCGCAUAGGCGAGAUGUUCCUUAUUAACGCUCAGCGCCGCUUCGAAACGAGUAUGAAAACCAGGUUUAGGGCAAGAAAACUCCUUAUGGAAGCCAGGAGGUGGAUGCCAAAAUCGAUUCUUUUUCCCCCCCCCAUAUGAAGGCAGAGUGCCAACGGGAAAACCCACUAGCCCGAAUAGUCACAAGCCUGUCGGCCGUGCUUUACAUGA